AUGGAGAAAGCCACUUUGAUUAUUGUAGCCAUUGUUGCAACCCUAAUCUCAGUAGCAUCAGCAGCACCUGGAAUCGCUACUUUCUACACCAGUUAUGUCCCAUCGGCAUGUUAUGGAGGGCAGCAACAAGGAGUGAUGAUUGCAGCAGCUAGUGAUACACUAUGGAAAGGUGGGGCUGUGUGUGGGAAAUAUUUCAGAGUUACAUGUACAGGGCCUAGAAAUCCUGUACCACAUCCAUGCACAGGCAAAAGUGUUGUGGUUAAGAUUGUUGAUCAUUGUCCAGGAGGAUGUCCAUCAACUCUUGAUCUCUCUAGAGAAGCUUUUGCUCAGAUUGCUAAUCCAGUUGCUGGGAUCAUUAACAUUGAUUACCAACAGUAA